GCUGCCCUACGACGUACAGAUGUCAUUCUGGAAGUGGGCCCAGGAACUGGUAACCUGACGGUAAAGAUGUUAGAGAAAGUUAAGAAAGUGAUUGCUUGUGAAAUUGACCCUAGACUCGUUGGUGAACUUCAGAAGAGAGUCCAGGGCACGUGUCUGGCAAACAAACUAGAAAUCAGGGUUGGAGAUGUCUUGAAAACAGACUUGCCAUUCUUUGAUGCAUGCGUGGCUAACUUGCCUUACCAGAUUUCUUCACCUUUUGUUUUCAAGUUGCUGCUUCAUAGACCAUUUUUCAGGUGUGCAAUACUUAUGUUCCAAAGGGAAUUUGCACUUCGUUUGGUUGCCAAACCAGGAACUAAACUAUACUGCAGACUCUCUAUUAAUACUCAGUUACUAGCUCGAGUGGACCAUCUGAUGAAGGUUGGAAAGAACAAUUUCAGGCCUCCUCCCAAAGUGGAAUCCAGUGUUGUCAGAAUAGAGCCAAAGAACCCACCACCACCUGUCAACUUCCAGGAGUGGGAUGGUAUGGUAAGAAUAGCCUUUGUUAGGAAAAACAAGACACUCUCUGCAGCAUUUAAGUCAAGUGCUGUAGAGCAGUUACUGGAUCAUAAUUACCGAAUUCAUUGUUCCUUACAUAAUACAGAAAUACCUGAAAACUUCAAAAUUGCAGAGAAAAUACAGACAGUCCUAGAAAAUACAGGUUACUCUGACAAACGAGCCCGUUCAAUGGAUAUAGAUGAUUUUAUUAGCUUGCUACAUGGCUUCAAUUCAGAAGGCAUCCAUUUCUCAUAG